GCGGAACCCGGGCGAUCCCGCCCUCCUGCCCGCUCGCGCGCGGGAUCAGCCUCCUUCCCAGCCCUGGUGCAGCCGCGUCGGUGCAGCCCGGGCCGGAGCGGCGAUGCGCCUCAUCCAGAACAUGUGCACCAUCGCCGAGUACCCCGCCCCGGGCAGCGCCGCUGCCGCCGCCGACUGCUGCCUGGGAGCUGCGGGGCGCCGGCUGGUCAAAAUCGCCGUGGUGGGCGCCAGCGGCGUGGGCAAGACCGCUCUGGUGGUGCGAUUCCUCACCAAAAGAUUCAUUGGUGACUACGAAAGAAAUGCAGGUAAUCUCUACACCAGACAAGUACAAAUAGAAGGCGAAACCCUGGCUAUUCAGGUUCAGGACACUCCAGGUAUUCAGGUCCAGGAAAACAGCUUGACUUGCACAGAACAGCUGAAUAGGUGCAUCCGCUGGGCAGACGCCGUGGUGCUCGUGUUCUCCAUCACCGACUAUCAGAGCUACGAACUGAUUGGCCAGCUGCACCAGCACGUCCAGCAGCUCCACCUGGGCGCGAGGCUGCCUGUGGUGGUCGUGGCUAACAAAGCCGACCUGCUGCACAUCAAGCAGGUCGAUCCUCAGCUCGGACUGCAGCUGGCCAACGUGCUGGGCUGCUCCUUCUACGAAGUGUCCGUCAGCGAAAAUUACAAUGAUGUCUACAACGCGUUUCACGUCCUCUGCAAAGAAGUGAGUCAUAAACAGCAGCCCAGCAACACCCCAGAGAAGCGAAGAACCUCCCUCAUCCCCCGGCCCAAAUCGCCCAACAUGCAGGACCUGAAGCGGAGAUUCAAGCAAGCCCUUUCUGCCAAAGUUCGGACUGUCACCUCGGUCUGAAGCUGGGGCACUCCAGGGGCAUGGUCUUCCCGGGAGGUGGGCCCGGGCUUCUCACAGCUAGGAACAUUGAAUGCUGGCAGUAAUUCAUGGUUCCAGAAAGGGCUGGAGCAAGAGGGGCUGGACAGCCUGAGCCACUGCUGCAGAAAAAGCUUGGUUUGGAGCAGGAGAAUGGACUUGAUGAGGCUUAAAGGGGCCCUCGGCCACUCUAAAUAUGUGAAAUGGACUCACGGCCUUUGCUCUGGAGUGGGGAGGGCCAUGGCGGCUUUGGAUUUUGUUCUUACCUUGUAAAUGCCUGUCAGUUGUAGUUUCACCAAAUAUAUGAUGUGAUUUACAGUGGGAGUGAAGGACAGAUGACAACUCAGCGUCCUCUCCCUCCCUUUUCUCCCCAAGAGGAAGAGUUGUUUUUUCUCAUGAGUUGCAUCUCUGGGACAUUGUUCCUUCUAGAAUAUCCUUCUAACCUGCAGGAUACCCAGAUUUCCUUUUUUU